AUGGAAAAAUUGAGUGAAGCAAUUGCUCACCGUUUACGAAUUGAAAGUUCAUUGAUAAGAGAAGUUAUGGCUGAAUUAAUUGGAAUAUCAGCAAAUAUCCAAACAGCUUCAAUUGUAGCUAUAGCUACACAAAAUAAUGCUACACAGACAACAAUUACUCAAUUACAUUCAUCUUCUCAUUUAGGCAAUCAAUUAGGUUGGGGAUUUGGUUUGGCUUUGGGGGUUUAUUUGGCUUUACAAAUAUCUGGUGCCCAUCUAAACCCAGCCAUUUCAUUUGCCCAACUUUUACGAGGUGCUAUCUCACCUUUACGAUUUUUAUUAUAUAUUCCUGCACAAUUAAUUGGUGCUUUUCUCGGUGCAGCUUUAGCCUUUCUUGGCCAUUUUGAGGAUUGCAGCCUCAUACGUUCACAACGAGGCGAUCAAGAAUUGGCCAGUCAAUUCGCAACAUAUCCUAGAGAUGGACUAAGUAUUUAUGGAAGUAUAUUAGAUCAAUUAUUCGGUACUGCUUUGUUAGCUGCUGGACUUUGGGCAAUUACUGAUAAAAGAAAUAGAGUUCCCAGUGGUUUUAUUCCUUUAUUGGCUGGGUUAAUACUUACUAUGAUUUCAUUAACAUUUGGCCUAAAUGGAGGGUUUGCAAUUAAUCCAGCACGUGAUUUAGGCCCAAGACUUUUUAUGUUAAGUAUUGGAUUGGGAUGGGGAAUGUUUAGUAACAAUAAUUUCUACUUUUGGAUUCCUCUUGCAGUUCCAUUCGUUGGUGCAUUGAUAGGCGCUUUUGUUUAUAAUUUAUUAAUUGGUGUUCAUGGUUUGGACGAACAAAUAGAAAUUAGUGGAGCAAAUUAUCCAAGGGAAAAUGAUCGUGGAUAUAAGGAGUACAACUCAAACCCUGCCUCCGUGGGUGUCACCAGCCACUUGGUCUCUUACAGCAGCACAAUAAAUCGUUGAAAAAGAAAAGAAAAAUUCGAAAAAAGCCUUAAAAACAAUGCCAAAUAAUAAUACAGCCAAACCUUAUUUUUAGAUAAACCCUUGGGCUGAUCUUACCUUAUGAGUUGUGGGGAUAACAUUUAGAAAGAUUUUUAAGUAUUCACGGGUUGGACAAUACAACUUCAAUAUAAAAAUUUAUGGUUGGCCCUUCAUUGGCCAACCAAAAUUUAAAAAAUGUAUCUUAAAUCAAGGCGCACUUUUGAGGGUAUCUAAAAAUAAGGUUCA